CUGAGGAUUGGAUUACCUCACCGCCCAAGAUCCAAUCCCGUUAAUUGAGACAAGUCAGCCAAGUGCUCUGAUCACCUGAUUCAUCGGGGGACCUUGCCCAUUAUUACCGCUGCUGCUGCUGCUGCUGCUAAGUUGCUAACCAAUUAAGUAAAGGAACGGACUAGUUAGUCCAGCAUCAGCAAUAAUAAAUUCGAUCAAUAGGAAACAGGAAGAGGAAGAAGAGGCUGCGGCUUUAGUUUUAGAGGAAGAGGAAGAGGAAGAGGAAGAGAGGACAUUGUUUGUAUCUAUCUGUCUCUGUCUACUUCAUCCAUAAUAGCUCAUGUCGCCCUCAUCACAGGGAGGAGGCCGGGAAAGUGUGGUGUUGGUGGCAGUAAGGGCCGAGGGGGAGCUCUCCAAGACAGCUCUGGCAUGGGCUCUCACGCACAUUGUCCGUCCGGGAGACCUGGUUACCCUCCUCGCCGUACUCCCUGGCCUCCAUGAUUCACCGGGCAAGGGCGUGUGGCGAAGGAUGUUGCGGGGAUUUCCCAAGUUGAACGCCGCCACCGACGCAAGGCGGCGAGAGAGGAGGUGUCAAAUCUCCGCGUCGUGCUCACAAAUGGCGCUGCAGAUCGACGGGCAAAGUGAGAUCAAUGUGAGAAUAAAGGUGGUGGGAUCGGAGGAGGAGAUAAGCCCAGGCGGAGCCGGUGUGGUGGCUGCCGAGGCCAACAGAAUCGGCGCCGACUGGGUCGUGCUUGACAAGCAACUGAAACAGGAAGAGAAGCACUGCAUGGAGCAGUUGCAAUGCAACAUUGUAGCAAUGAAAGGUUCCCAUGCCAGGGUGCUCCGGCUCAACUUGGGAGAAACCCAAAGACCAUGUCUAAACAUCUCCUCUUCUUCAUCUGCUCUAAAUCUUGAGCCAAGUGAAAUAUAUCCGUACAACAAAAUCAUCAAGAAUUCACUAUCAAAUUCCAGCACAGGAAGCUCCUCUAUGUACGUUUGUGGGAACAAUCCUCUGUUUUCAGAAGUUCAAACUAAGAAGCUGAUGAUUUCAAGAGGAUCCAGCAGUUUGAAUGAUUUAUAUGCAUCUGAUUCUGAUGGUAGCAGGAGAGCAAGCCCCCGCUAUGCUAAUCCAUCAUUAGAAUUCAACAACCGUGAUGCAGGACACACGGACUCCUGCAGAGCUAAUCCAAACAAUAAUCACCAUCAUUCCGGAUCAGGUCACGAUGGAGUAUAUUGGAUUCCAGAGUACAUUUCGGAAGAUGCUCCAAUUGUUCAAAGAUGUAAAAGUAGUGAACGCAACAACAAGCCUCCAACCACAGUCCGAAACUUGAAAGGGGAAUUCUCUGAAUAUGAUAGGAAGUCUCUGCUCCAAAAACUCAAGCUACAUCGGUAUUUGGCCAAGGAGCGCAUGCACGUGUCGGAUGUUAGGGAGGCUGUCUCUCUGCAUGGAAAUACCCCUUCCAUUCCACCUCCACUAUGUUCCUUGUGCAGGCAUAAGGCUCCAUUAUUUGGAAAACCACCAAGACAGUUCACAUACCAAGAACUAGAAGAGGCCACUCAUGGAUUCUCAGAUGAGAACUUGUUGGCAGAUGGCUGGUCAGGUAGAGUACAUAGAGGCAUGUUACAAGAUGGGCGUGCAGUGGCUGUGAAGCAGCUGAAGACAACUGGCCGCAAUAAUCUUCGUGGGGUGGAGGAGUUUCUCACAGAAGUGGAGAUGCUGAGUCGAGCUCAACAUCGAAAUGUGGUGAUGUUGGUAGGGUUUUGUAUUGAAGAGAAUGUGAGAGUGUUGGUUUAUGAAUACAUCUGCAAUGGUUCGUUGGACUUCCAUUUAUACGGACAAGAAAAGGCACCACUGGACUGGCAUGCAAGAGUUAAAAUUGCAAUGGGUGUGGCAAGAGGGUUGCGCUACCUUCACGAAGACUGCAGGGUGGGCUUUGUUGUUCACAGAGAUAUUCGCCCCAACAACAUCCUCCUCACCCAUGACUUGGACCCUCUGUUCGGGGACUUGAGCAUCACAAGACGGCAAACUGAGUAUUCUCCUUGUGUGGGCACUAAUGUUCCCCAAACUUUUGGGCAUCUUGCACCGGAGUACAUUGAAUAUGGGAUCGAGACGGAGAAAGCAGAUGUCUACGCAUUUGGAGUGGUUCUUUUGGAGCUAAUUACAGGAUGUAGAGCGAUGGACUCAAGCAGGCCAAAGGGUCAGCAGUUCUUGGCACAGUGGGCUCGCCCACUGCUAUCUCAGGCGGCAAUGGACGGUCAGAGUUGCACAGUGAUGGUUAACAGGUAUCUAGACCCACGCCUUAAUCAGGGUCAGGUUGGCUUGUUAUCGCAGCCGCUUCGUGCUAUGACUUGUGCCGCUUCUUUGUGUCUCCGUCGUGAACCUGAAACAAGACCAUCAAUGUCAAAGGUCUUGAGAGUGCUCGAGGGCAAUGCUUUGGUUGAUGCGCAUGUCAGUGUGGAUUCAAUUGGCAGCAGAAGCGGACGUAUAAGUGGUGAUCAUUUCCCUGGUGAUGGCACCCGGAUCCAGACGGGGGGCAGCAUGUCUCUCAGGUUUCCCAAUGAAGUUGUUUCUGGUGCUCUUUGUGCAGACCAGGCCUGGCCCCUAUUCUCUUAAUUAACCUCUCUACUCUCAACGAUAUAUAUAUAUAUAUAUAUAUUUGUGCCCAUUUUCAGAUUUUGAUGAAAUUAAUAGCAAUUGUACAGACGCAAGCAACAAAGCAAAAUAAGCAAGUUGCGAGAAAGACAGGAAAGUGCACUUAGCCUGAUUCCUCUCUCGGAUUUGGCACAAGUCUAAAUCGAGGAGAUAUUUUCCUAGUAAAAUAAAGCAAGCGAUAGCCGACACAUUGAUCGAGGGAUCAUGUUUUGGAACAAUUUCUUCAUGAUAAUAUCAAAGAAAUAAACGUCUGAACUUCUGGUUUGAUCAUUAGUCUUGUCCAGUGCAAGCAGGGAUUUGUCAGAGGUUGGAAAGGAGGCUAUUUUGGCAACCUUUUUACCAACCAUGCUUGCAGUGGGCGUCAAACUGGGAGAUGAUGGCACACGCUUGGAGUUGGUGUAGCAUGAUAAGGCCGACCUCUGCAGUUACUAUUUUGUUUUGCUCUUGAACAGAGUGCUAUGAACGAUAAUAUUUCCUUUUCCAAUAAUAUGUAUAUAUAUAUA